UGUGUCGUGUUUAGCUAUGUUGUACAUUUUGUGUUAUACAGCAUUGGUUUUCUGUGACGUGGCGUAUGUUCAAUCGUUUAAGUGGACACCUGAAGGAUGGGAUGGAUUACCGAUAAAUUGUCCUAAUGAAUGUCAUUUUAAUUCAAACUAUAAAUAUUGUUGUGUCUGUCGGGGAAGGAUCGUUCUAAAUGAUUUGCUUGAUACCCCGUACUUACAAGUUGAUAAAAACGCACUCUCAACAAAAAUGUUUUAUCUUGAACAUCGUGAGAAAGGAUUGCAAUCAUUUCCGAAGAACAUUUGUGACUUCACAGCUCUAACACAGAUUGACUUGUCCCGAAAUCUGAUACUGGAUAUUCCUAAUUUAUCGUGUAUCAAAAGUCUUACACAUUUGAAUUUAUCCAGAAACAAAAUUUCUGUUUUACGGAAAGGCUCUCUUAGCAACAACAGAAACCUGAGGGUUGUAGAUUUAUCGUAUAACUUCAUUACUCACAUGGAAACAGGCGUUCUGGGGGAAAUGGCAUUUCAUAAAUUAUAUCUACAUUACAACGAUCUGAUAUCUAUUGAUAUCAGUAAUAUUGUUUUUCAAAGACCCUUUUGUUUGUUGGAUAUAUCUUAUAAUAGUAUACAAACGAUAACUAACGAGCAUGGAUGGUCAGUAAAUCUUGCCACUAUUUAUGGACCUGGUUAUAUCGAUUUUUCAUACAAUAAAAUGAACACUUUGCCGGAUUUAGGAAAACUUGGCUUUUCGGACAUCUUUAAACUCGGUAAACUUCUUUAUUUUAGUUUUGAUUGGCGACAUAACCCUAUCAAAUGUGACUGUAUCCUUGCUAAAAUAAUCUUACAUUUUAAACCAUUUUUAGAAAAAAUUGACAGAGAAUUUUUCGAAGUUGAGUGUAAAGAUCCAGCCCUUUUUCAUGGGUUAACUGUCCCUGAUAUAAUAAAUGAGAAUCGAAUCACAGAUAUGACGUGCAAUUAUACGUCAUAUCCGAGUUGCCCUUUUCGUUGCUCGUGCAUAAUUCGGCCAGACUCUGAAUACUUUACAUCUUCAAACACUGUUCUCAAAUUAAUUAUGGAUUGUACAAACGCUGAUUUAGUACGAUUGCCUAAUAUUUUUCUAGAGAGUGACGAAAUCGAACUCUACUUGCAGGGAAAUAAAAUCACUCGGAUACCAUUAAAACAUUAUUUAAAUCGUAUAUCUGUUCUUGAGCUUUCAGUCAUUCCCAUGUUCGACAAAGGAGCUUUGGAGAAUCUCACUCGAUUGCAAAGUUUUUCAGUUCCUCGCAGUCAGCAACUUGAAGGAAUUCCUCCAUUUUUUUCGUUUUUUAAACCCUGUGUAUUUCUGCAAAAGGGGGAUUUUGUCGUGAACUGCACAUGCGCGAAUCAAUGGAUGUAUGACUGGCUUAUUAUUAAAGGGGCAGAAUGUAACACACCAUUUGAAUUUCGUUGCUUUUUGGGGGAUAAACAUGAGAGUUUGAUUAAAAUUAUUCCAAAGUUGAUCUGCUUUGAGAAAGAUAAUACAGCUUUUUAUGUUCUUUUCUCUUGUGGUGCAGGUAUAUUGCUGAUUUUUAUUGUCGUUAGUGUUUUAUUGUUCAAUUUUAAAUUUGAAAUUUCGGUCAUAUUAAAAAGAUAUAAGGCAAGUAGAAUAUCCAGGAAAACAACUAAGGAAUGUAUUUAUAUUUCCUUCGACGAAAGAAAUGAAGAUAUUAAUACAUGGGUGUUAAAAACGCUGGAACCGUUUUUGAUAGAGAAGGAUUGGAGCGUGUUUAUUCCAUCACGUGAUUUGCCUUUGGGUAGUGUUCGAUCCGACGAAUCGGCGUGGCAGGUCGCAGUUACUAGGUAUUUUAUCGUGUUUUUGUCAACUAAUUAUUUUGAAGACGAGUGGUUCGAAACACGUAAUGAAUGGAAAUAUAUAUGGAACAGUUACAUACGUGCAUCUAGUGAGAGAAAGGAGUUGUUGCUAAUAAACUACGAUCUAAUGAAAGUGAGCGAAAUAUGUUGCAGAAAAUGCAAGGCAGUUAUGCGUUUUGGAAAUAUCAUUGACUUUGAUAGAGGAGAAGAAAAAAUAUUUUCUAAAAUAUUGAAGAUUUUUACAUAGCUUUAAUAUCUGCACAGAAUUCAUGACAAGGUUGUUUGAUUGUAAACCGUUGUUGAUAUUUUGACUCUAACAGCUGUCUAAGACUCCAAAGCAUUUUAUUACGUACAGCAUACAUGUACCAGGGCGGAUAUUUUAUUUAGUUAUAAUGAGUUAUUUUUUGUAUGUAAUUUGUGACAUAGAUUAUUCGAAAACAUUUAUACAUAUUAUAUAUAUUCAUACAAUAAAGUGGAUGAUACAAGUACA